AGAGCAAAUUAUGGAGUGAUAGGCGAUUCAUCGCUACCUGUGUGCUUUAUCUUCUUUGCUUUGCGCUGAUUCUACUAUCAAUUCGGUUGGACAUGUCUUUUCCACGAUCUCAGGAAAAUGAACAGAAAUUAGCAAAGGCAUUAAGCACAAUUUUUUUCUUUUCAUAAACAAAUCCGUCAAUUGAUAAAAAACAAAGUUCGGUUAUUCCACUUCCUCUCUGAAUGAUGAAUCUAUUUGUAUGAAACGCUGACGCGUCCUAUGAAUUAACGAAGCUUUAACAAUCCUUCAAUGGCGACUCAUAGCCAACAGUUUUUAGGGUUUCUCACGCGCUUGAAGAAAACCAGGUACCUUUCAACUUACCUUCACUCAUCAAUCUCAAAUUUUCCAUUUUCGACCCAAAAUUGUCAACUCGACACUUUAGGCAGCGAUCCAUCACUUACUAAACUCAAUAACCAAUCUAAUAUUGACGAACGUUAUAUUCUCCGUGAGCUCUCUGAUUUAUUACCAAUCUCUCAUAAGGCUUCAAUUGCUCGCUCGUAUGAACUCAACCAAUCAACUAAGCAAAGUGAAAAUAGAGGAGUUGUUGCUGAUUGUUAUUUGUCGCCUGAAGAUAAAUUGAGAGGGGUAUUUCUGCAAAAAUUAAAGGGAAAAUCAGCAAUUGAGAAUGCUUUAGGGAAAAUUGGUGUGGACUUGAGCAUAGAUGUUGUUGCCAAUGUACUGGAUAGAGGGAACCUGGGAGGUGAAGCAAUGAUUAUCUUCUUUAAUUGGGCGAUUAAACAGCCGACGAUUCCUAAGGACAUUCAUAGUUAUAACGUUCUCAUUAGGGCACUAGGCAGAAGGAAAUUUAUUGACUUUGUGCUGAAAGUUUUGGUUGAUUUGAAGGCAGAAGAUAUAAAUGUUAAUUUGGAGACCUUAUCAAUUGUUAUGGACAGCUUACUUAGGGCCCGACAAGUGUAUAAAGCUAUUCAAAUGUUUGGAAACUCAGAAGAGUUUGGAUUUGAAUGUGAUACUGAAUCUUUGAAUGUGCUUUUGCAGUGCCUGUGCAAGAGGUCACAUGUCGGUGCUGCAAAUUCAUACUUUAAUUCAGUGAAGGGGAAGAUUGCGUUUAAUAAUACAACGUAUAAUGUGAUAAUUGGAGGUUGGUCUAAAUUUGGCAGGAUUAGUGAAAUUGAAAGGAUUUUGGAGGCAAUGAUUGAAGAUGGUUUUGAUCCUGAUUCUUUGACUUUUAGUUGCUUACUUGAGGGUUUGGGAAGAGCUGGUAGGAUUGAAGAUGCUGUUAAGAUUUUUGACAAUUUGAAGGAGAAAGAUCUUUUGCUGGAUACUGCUUGUUACAAUGCAAUGAUUUCUAAUUUUGUUUUGCAUGGGGAUCUCGAUGAGUGUAUGGAAUAUUAUGUGUGUAUGAUGAGGAAUAAUUGUGAUCCAGACAUUAAUACUUAUACGAAACUGAUUUCUGCUUUUAUCAAAGGUAGAAAAGUGGCUGAUGCACUUGAAAUGUUGGAUGAGAUGUUAGGUCGAGGAAUUGUACCCACAACAGGUGAUAUAACUUCUUUUAUUGAGCCUCUUUGCAGCUUUGGUCCACCUCAUGCUGCAAUGAUGAUCUACAAGAAGGCAAGAAAGGCUGGAUGUAAAAUAUCACUCACUGCAUAUAAACUAUUGCUGAUGCGGCUUUCGAGAUUUGGUAAAUGUGGAAUGCUGUUAAAUAUAUGGGAUGAGAUGCAAGAAAAUGGUUAUACAUCUGACAUGGAAGUUUAUGAGUAUGUCAUUAAUGGACUUUGCAAUAUAGGGCAGCUUGAAAAUGCUGUACUAGUGAUGGAAGAAUCUCUGCACAAGGGCUUUUGUCCAAGCAGACUCAUAUAUAGCAAACUAAAUAACAAACUACUUGCUUCAAGUAAAGUAGAAAGAGCAUACAAGCUAUAUUUGAAGGUCAGAGAUGCUCGUUCCAAUGAAAAUGCUCGCAGAUUUUGGCGUGCUAAUGGCUGGCACUUUUGACUGGUCAUUCUUGGCUACUGCAAACAUGUUCUACAUAUUUUUUUCCUUACAACAGGCUUAUGCUUUUCACCAGGAGAUGAUUUUUACAUGUGGAUGGGACUGAACUGAGUAAAUAUUGAAAGUUUAUGAUGACAAAAAGCUGUCUCACACUGCAACAUACACUUAUAUGCAUCAUGACACGGAAGAGCCUCAUGAGAAUCUUGGUGCUUAUCAUUUUCUUAUUCAAGGGUGCCAGGAAAAUUUGGUCCCACAUUCCCUUGGAGCAUGCUUUUUGGUGCAUGCAUUGCCUUCUUAAUUUCUGAGAGAUGUAUUGUCAAAGUUGAAAAGGCUGAUUCAGAAUUAUCUUCCAUUUCAGAGCACUCUGCCAGGCCAACACUGUCAUUCAGAGAUGAAAGCUAGGGAAGCGACGAGAGUCUGUUAUUAUCAUGGCUUCAUUUGGAAUGCAGCUUGAAAUUUGCUAGCAGAGGCAGUUCUUAUUUGCUUGAGAUGGAUUUUAUAUGAUUUCACUAAUUGUUGGCACAAGCGAUCAUCUUCACUUAGAUGGGAGAUCUGGAUGUCACUUCUCCAAUUCUUAGAAGAUAGAAAAAAAAAGGUUUUGAUUCUGCAUAUCUUUUUGUUCUACUGGCUCUUCUAUAAUCGCUGUUCACCUAUAGAGGAUAACAAUAUUAUAGAUGGAUCAUGUCCUUCCCCUGUCUUCUUUAGCUUAGAUUUCACCUAGUGUACAAUCUGAGUGAAGUGAGCUGCAGCAAGACGGAUGUAGUUAGUUACUGCAUGUAGCCCCUUUGGUGGGAAUCAAAGGGGUCAUUAUUUAAUAUCACAUGACACCCAUGUCCUCAAAAUUGUACCUUUAAUUAAGUCUCUUUAUUUUUGUGAAAA